GGUAAUCUCUAGAUCGCUACGCGCAAAAUACCUAACAAUGGCCAAUAUUUUAGCGACUUUGUUGAAUGUUGCACUAGUUCUGAACAUUGUUUUAUCGAGCCCCGCGCCAGACGCAGUGUCAAAAAAAUGUCCCUUCAAAGGUAGAUUCUAUUACGACAAUCGCUUUUGCACCUGCAACAGGGAAACGGACGAGAUCCAGUGCCAAGAUCGCGUGAACGAAUACAAAGAUGAGCUCCAAGUGACUCAAUUGCAGAGCGUCCAAAUUACCUGCGAGCCAGCUUCCGUAUUCGACCUCGACUGCUCGCACACGUGCGUCUGCGACGCCGAAGGAUCAUCGGCGCUAUGCGCCUACAGCUUUAAAAAAUGCACAGAGGAUCAAGCCAAAGAACUACUGAAUCAGUGCACUCCCGGAAGCAUACUGAACGACGACUGCAACACUUGCGUCUGCGACGAGAGCGGCAAACCCGUCUGCACGAAACUAGAUUGCGAUGUGGCUUAUGCCGCAAGAAGUCCGAAUGGACAAGUUAUCUGCGUACCCGAUACUUCGUACGUAUUGCAAUGCAACGAUUGUGAAUGUUCACCCGAUGGUCUCGAAUGGGAAUGUAACAAGAUGGGAUGCAGUCCCUUCUACUCGAUCUAUCACGAAUCUCUUACAAACGUGACGACGACCUGCGAACCAAAGCAAAAAUACGAAAGUGGUUGUCAAGAGUGCUACUGCGGUGAUAGCGGUAAAUAUGCCUUGUGCAUCGGAAUCGAGUGUGACGAAAAUAGCGAACCUACGAAUACCAUCGAGAAAUGUUUACCUGGCUCUAUAGUGACCAAAGACUGCAAUUCCUGCGUUUGCAACGAUGACGGCAAGGCCGUGUGUACCCAGCUACUCUGUGAUCUAAAAUUCAAUAAAGUUUAAUUUUAUUUUGCCAAUUAUUUAGAUAUUCCGCUGACUAUGUAUUGUCAAUUAUGAUAUUAAAAUUUACAUCGCAAUA